UACCCUAUAUUUUGUGCACCAUCCUCAGGCCUAAACACAAUUAAUAUGAAUUAAAGAAACCUGUCACCUUCUCUUUCCAUUCCAUUAUAUAUGAGGGAAUGGCUCCAAUCCAAAAACCAACAACACCGAACUCACACAGAAUUGGACGACUCAUUCCCUCUUCUUCAUUUGCUCAGCAAAAGUUGAUAAUACAUAGAUACUACAAAAAAGUUAAUAUGAAUCAUCACAAGGCAGACACAGACAGUGAUCCAAAGCUCGAUUUGAAGCUGAACUUAUCACCUCCAAGUCCAUACCCACCACAGGUAGAGUCCCCAAACGGUUCAGUUUCAUUUUCCUCCAUGGAAAUGUCUCCUAUAAGCUCAUGCGUGUCGUCGGAGUUCAGCCUCAACCCUGACAAUGGCUCGCUUUACUGUACCAGCAGUCCUGAGCCCGCGAAGCCGAUGAUGCUGGCGGGGUGCCCUCGGUUUUGA